AUGUAUUAUCCAAUAUUUUUGGUACUAUUGUUUGUGUUCAAUGCUCAGUUACUGUCAGCUUCAAUUGUCAAUGAGAAUCAUCCCAUAAUGGAAAAACGACUGCAUUCUUUGAUGCUUUUACGUGGAAAUCGGCUAUAUCGGGCUAAAGAUUUGCCAAAAUAUGCUCCGAAAGGAGAGAAACAGGAAUGGUACUGGCGAUACAAUGUAUCGGAACGUCCAGAAAAAAAUGACAAUUAUUACAUUCCAUAUUCCUUAGCAUAUUACUGA